UGAUCAUAUAGAAAAUGGAUUGGAGCAUGUACUUACAGUUAUGAUAGAUAAAGAUAAUUAUGCAACGAGAUAUUUUAAUCAAAUGUUCACUGUACCGGAACAUGCAGAAACUCACAUUUUUGACUACCUACAACAUUCCAUAAUGACAGAAGAACAUUUUUUGCAACAGGAUAUUUUUAACAUAUUAGGUAUCCGUGCUGAUAAACCCAAAAGUAUUCCUAAUCCUGCAGAUACUACCAAAAGUAUCCGUGCUGAUAAACCCAUAAGUAUUCCUAAUCCUGCAGAUACUACCAAAAGUACUCCUGCGCAUGCUGAUGAAAACGAUAACAUUUACAAAGAUGGAAAUUAUGUUAGAGGUAGUACUGUGCAUAAUGAUGAAUACAAUAGAAUUUACAAAGCUACUAAUACUGAAACUUUAAAAUUGACCAAACUUGGAAAGGCGAGAAGAGAUCUUACUGGAGAUGCUAUUAUAAAUGUGCUUACCAAAAAAUUAGGUGAUUAUAAAUAA